AUGUCGUUGGAGAAAUCCGAAGCUGACGAUGGCUGGACUCAUGUCAAGCCCAAGUCCCGUCGUCGCCUUGGAAAAAAACCACCAAAAGCGGUACACACAACCAAAGAGAAUCAAAUUCAUGCUGUACCGACGGAGAAUACUCGGUCUCCUGAAGAAAUCACCGCCGAAUAUCAGCGCAUACGCUCUGAAUUUGAGGCUACGAAGGCAGGCGAGGAGCUUCAUGAACUGAUGACCAAGAAUGGUCCGAAAGACGUGACACAAGCCGUUUGCCUUGGAAUAGGAACUUUCGAUCCGCCAGAUGGAGGCUGGGAAACGAAGAGACGCACUUUUGUCCAGCUCAUUGGGUUUCUCCUCAUGGUUGAGGCCUUGGAGAAACGAGAUGAAAUUAAAGUAAAAUGCUACUUCCAAGACCCUGUGUUUGGAGAGGCAGAUAGAGCUUUCAUUGUCUCUCUCGGGCACGAGGUGGUCAGCUCCCCUGAAGGUUUCGAGAAGGUGGACGGCAACACAGUUCUCUCGGGAGUGCACCUGUACCGCCCCAUCUACGCGAAAGCUCUCGAGAAGUGUCUCCCUGCUGUGUUUAUUGGCACAGACCUCGAUGUGUGGGAUACAGUUACACUGGGAACGAUGGAUGACUUGGCAAUGGCAAAGACCAUGGAGGAAACCUACUCAAAGAAGAAACACCCUCAGGAUCCGAUGAGCACUGCAUUCACCAAUACUACCAUUUACUGGCGGCCUCAGCUUUCUGUAGCUGCACCAUCUACACCUGAAAAGGAGCCAAAGGAGUCGCAAAUUCCAACCGAGACGACAAGCAAGAAUGACAAAUCUUAA